GCUCCGGGAGCCGCGGGGAAAGGGACCGAGCCCCCGAAGGGUACACAGGGGCUGGAGGGGGAACUGCCCGAAGUCCCGGGCCGCGUUGGUCUCCGUGGCAACGCGCUACACACCGCUCUGGCGCGGGCACCAGCUCUGCAGCCCAGCCGGCGGCCGCCUCGCCGAGUGCUCCUAAGGAACCACCGUGCAUUGACACCAUGGACAAUUAUGAUGUGAUUAAGGUCAUUGGGGAAGGUGCCUUCGGGAAAGCAUUCUUGGCUAAUGGGAAAUCAGAUGGCAAGUACUGUGUUAUUAAAGAGGUCGAUUUUGCGAAGAUGCCCAACCAAGAAAAAGAAGCUUCAAAGAAAGAAGUAAUUCUUCUGGCCCGAAUGAAGCAUCCCAACAUUGUAACCUUCUUCAGUUCGUUUCAAGAGAACAACAGGUUGUUCAUUGUGAUGGAGUACUGUGACGGAGGGGAUCUCAUGAGAAGGAUCCGUAGACAACGGGGAGUGUUAUUUAGUGAAGAUCAGAUUCUGAGUUGGUUUGUACAGAUUUCUCUAGGACUAAAAUAUAUUCAUGACAGGAAGAUCUUACAUAGAGACAUAAAAGCUCAGAACAUUUUUCUUAGCAAGAGUGGAAUGGUUGCAAAACUUGGGGACUUUGGUAUAGCAAGAGUUCUGAACAAUUCCAUGGAACUCGCUAGAACUUGUGUUGGAACGCCAUACUAUCUAUCCCCAGAGAUCUGUCAGAAUAAACCCUACAACAAUAAAACGGAUAUUUGGUCUCUUGGCUGUGUCUUAUAUGAGCUUUGCACACUCAAACAUCCUUUUGAGGGUCACAACUUACACCAGUUGGUUCUGAAGAUUUGUCAAGCGCAUUUUGCCCCGAUACCCACAACGUUCUCCCGUGACCUGCAAGCCUUGAUACCUCAACUCUUUGAAGUAUCUCCCCGAGAUCGGCCGUCUAUUAAUUCCAUUUUGAAGAGGUCCUUUUUAGAGAAGCUUAUUGCCAAAUACUUGACUCCCGAGGUCAUUCGGGAGGACUUUAGUCAUAGCCUCACACAUAAAGCAAGACGGUUGGCUUCUCAGCCUGCAGGGAAGGGGGUCCAAGAUUCUGUGAUACAGAAAGCGAGAUUCCAGGGAAAGUGUCUACCAAGAUCAAGGCUAUCAGAGCCAUUUAAAAAGAAGGAGAUAUUGUAUAGAAAUGAAAAGAGACCCCCAGCUGGAGCUCAGAAGCCUAUAUCUAUAAAAAUGGUAGAAAAGCCCAAAUUUGCUGCAAUGCGUGGACAUUAUGACUAUUAUUAUGCCCAACUUGAUGUGUUGAGGAAGAGAGUGCAUGAACCAAUUUACCACUGUGUUCCUCAAAAAGAUUCUGGAGUUGAGGAGAAUUAUAAUCAGGAAGAAAGCCAUAGUCUGUCACCAGGUCAAUGGCCUGCGGAAUACCUUCAGAGGAAAUGCUCAGCCCAACAAUAUAAGCUGAAAGUGGAAAAGCAGUUGGGUCUCCGUCCAUCUUCUCCUGAGCCGAAUCACCACUGGAGACAAAAGCGAAGGAAUGAUGGAGAAGAGCCUCGAUUCCAGGAGCUGCAGAUCAGGAGAAACAAAGUGAUGGAACAGGAAUAUUGGAAGCAGUUAGAGGAAAUACGGCAACAGUACCACAACGACAUGAAGGAAAUUAGAAAGAAGAUGGGGAGUGAACUGGAGGAGGACUCAAAAAUAAGUCAUAAAACCUAUUUAGUGAAGAAAAGAGACCUGCCCAUCCACCAAGAGGCACCUGAGGAAGAAACUCGUAUGCAGGACAUUGAAAGAGACUUGAAACAAAUGAGAGUUCAGAACAUAAAGGAAAGUAAAAUUCUAGAACAAAACUGUAAAGCUAAGAGAGGAGUGAAGUUUGAAAUUAGUUUAAACCAAUGUAUUUCCGAUGAAAACACCCUCCAAGAGGAAGAGGCAAUGGAUGUGCGCAAUAAAACUGUGACCUUUGAGGAUGGCAUGAAGCUUAAGGAAUAUAAAUGUGUGAAGGAGUAUGAAGAGUAUACAGACAAAGCAUUUGAAGAACUCUGUGGCCCAGAAGCAGGUGGCCAAGGGAUGGUGACCUCAGGCAUUCCAGAAAACAGGAGACGGUGGCGGCAUGAAGCGCCUGGAGCUUUAAUGAACGCUUGGGCUGCAGCACGUCUGACAAGUAGCUCGUUUUCUGCCCACGAAGGUGAAUGGGUGGGAACAUUAGAACAAAGGCUUCCUAAAGAAGAUGAGGGGAGUAUGGAAAUGGCCUCUGGCAUUGAAGUAGAUGAGGAACAACCAAGAUCUGAUGAUGAUGAUACAAAUUUUGAAGAAUCUGAAGAUGAGUUGAGAAAUGAAGUAGUAGAAUCUCUGGAAAAGCCUGCUCCUUCCAAAGAGGAAGAAAAAAGAGAAGAGACUCCUGGUUUCUCUAAGGGUGCUGAAAAAUUAGGAGGAGAGAAGAUAAGCACCCAGAAAUAUACAGAAUUAAAUGAAGAUUUAGAGAAUAUUUCUACUCGAGCUGAUGACAAAGUAUGCAUUGCAGGUGAAAACCAAGAAACAUCAACAACCCAUCAAAAUAUACAAGUGUGAUUACUGCACUUUUUCUUAAGUGGUAAGUUAGUAUCUAUUAACUGUAGUAUCUGGUUAGGUCCAAGUCAUAAACAUUCAUUUUGUAAGAGUUUUCUAGCAAUCCCAGGGAUUUAUUGUUUUUUUUCAAUUGGGCUAUAUUAGUUAGCAUACACUACAUCACUAGUUUUUGAUGUAGUAGUGUUCCAUGAUUCAUUGUUUGCCUAUAAUACCCAAUGCUCCAUGCAAUCCGUGCCCUUGAUACCCAUCACUAGGCUAGACCUUGAGACUGACCAAUUUGAGUGUAGAAAUUAAUAUUUUACUUUAAAAUUUCUAUCAGGAAAUCUUUGGGACAAUAUAUGUGGUAGGCAGACAGAAUAAUGUGUCUCUCUUCCUGCCACCUUCCCUCCCAGUACACCCAACAAUGUGAAUAUAUUGCUACAUGGCAAAGAGGAAUUAAAGUUGCAGGUAAAAUUAAGGCUGCUAAUCAGAUGACCUUCAAAUAGGGGAAGGCUUUUCUUUCACUAUCCAGGUGGACCCAAUGUAAUCACAGGGCUAGAGGGAGGGAGGCAGACGAGAGAACAGGAAGAUGUCAGCACGAGAGGGGCUCAGCCUGGUGCUGCUAGCUUUAAAGAUGGAGGAAGGGGCCAGAGGCCAAGGAAUCCAAGCAGGUUCCAGAAGCUGGGAAAGGCCAGGCAAUAGACUUUCCCCGGAAGUCUGCAGAAGGAACACAGUCCUGCUGACAUCUUGAAUUUAGCUUAAGAAAUCCACUUUAGACUGCUGCCCUGCAGAACUGUAAGAUAAUAAAUGCAUGUUGUUUUAACUAAGUUUGAUAAUUUGUUAAGACAAGGAAAGAAAACCAAUACAAUGUACAAAGUAAUUCACUUAGAAUAAUGAAUGUAGCAUUUUAGAAAACUGUGAUACUGAAAUUUCUUAACUUUUAUUGAACACUUUUUUGAAGCAGGUGUUGACUCUUAAGGGAGUAGGUUAACUGAGCCGAGAAGAUGAAGGCAUGUCAUGUUAAUUAUGCACCAAGUAAUCAUUUUACUAUGUUUUAUUGAAUUAAUUUCUAAUAGCUUCAAAUGUAUAGAUUAUAAAUUACUUAAGGGGAGGGACUCUACCUGGUCGUUGUAUCUUAUGCUGGUCUUUUUACAUAUGGGGCUUAGCAGAGUGCCACAUUCUAACAAUCCCAGUAUUGAACAUGUGCCUGGGGCUUAAUAGACAUUUGUUGAUUUAUUGUGUUGUUCCUAUGAAGGACAGAGAUGUUACAUUUCUAAGUGGUAGAAUUCUGCCUAAAAUAUAUGCUCUGUAAUAAAAAUACAACUAAAAUUGCACAUUGACCCAUUGCUGAGCCA